UAAAUUAUUGUUUUUUGCAAGUAUUCAAGAUCAUUUGUUUUAUUAAAUAUAAAUUAUACAGAACAAAAAGACUUGUUCACGUUUUUAUAUGUGUCCAUUAAAGCUUUUUACCUAAAACUUAUUUUUUUCUGUAUCCUCUUUAUCUCCAGUUCUAAUUUAUUUUGAGCUAAGAUCAUCAAUUUAUUUUUAGUAUCUAAUUUAGUAUUUAGUAUGCAUCUUAAAGUCCAAGAUUCAACUACAGUUUAAUCUACUGGCCCUCAAAACAAAGGAGCCAAGUGCACACAUACAUUGGCACAAUAAAUUCUAAACAAUCUCACAAGCAGUGUGAACAUUGACAAUGAAUGAGUUAGAUAAACAGUUGGCUGAGUUAGCCCUUAUAAACCAAAUGGAUUUAAGGUCUGGGAAUGUAGGGACUUCAGGAAAGAAAGUUGGACCAGCGGUUCCACCAAAACCUAAGAAAACACAACCACAGAUACCUCAGUCAUAUUCUUUGAAACAUAAAGCUGUAGAGCCAAGCUAUUCAUCUCGUUUACAAGCAACACAACUUUACUCCAAUGUUCCUCCUAGCAAUUUCCAAUCCCAUUAUUCAAACACUCCGACAUUACCUAUCAACAGUAAUUAUGUGGAUCAAAGACCUGUGGAUAACAAUUACGCUAAUUUGUCAAAGAAUGAUCCAUCCAUUCAGUAUGCGAAUCUUCCUAGAAGUGCCUCUGCUAUGAGUAACACUUCUUCUUUAUCUAGACAAGGAAAUUAUGGUUCUAGCAUACAACAACCUAGCGAAUAUGCUAUAAAACAGAGUACCCAACCGAGAACCACAAAUAUAACUCCCAAAGGCUAUUCAAAAAUGGAUAAUGUGACUUAUAGUAAUAUUCAGAUGGGUCCUUCCAGAAACCAAGAUGGCCUAAUUUAUAGCAAUAUUGUUCAUCCUCAACGAGAAGGCACUGUCUAUAGCAAUAUGCCUCCCAGCAACAGUGCGUACGCCAAUGGUGAAGAUUUACCACCACCCCCUCCUCCACUUGAUAUGUCUAAUGCUUUAGCUGACUAUGCACCAUGUACUGUGAACACCAGCUUACCCCCUCCUCCAAAGGAAUUAUUGCCCCCUCCGUCGCCAGUCAGUUCGAGUUAUAGUGAACUGAGGAGAGCUACCCAACCAGGACAAGAUUUUCAUAAUUACAGCAUGGGAUCUCAAUAUGGUGACUGCGAUUCUUUAUAUGGAUUUGGUGAUUUGUCUCAGUCUUCCUCCACAUACGAGUCCAUCUACGAACCCAUCAACCCUCGCCCACCAAGUCAGAUGUCGUCUCGUUCAAACUACUCAUUGUACGCUCCGUACGUCAGUGGGGCUAGCAGCACUGCCACUGGUCCCAGCCAGUCGGUGAGCCGCAUUGGUCAUCCUAAGGAACAAGAGGUGGAUAGUUUGACUGAUCUUCUAGUCCAAGGAAUGAGAGGUGGAGAAGUGAGUGACGUUGAUCAGGAAGAUGUUUAUGGUAUUUGCGUGAAGUGUGGAGAUAAGAUCAUAGGCGAGAAUAGUGGCUGUACUGCAAUGGACCAGUUGUACCACACCAAAUGCUUCACCUGUCACCAUUGUGCAAUAAAUUUACAGGGAAAACCCUUCUAUGCUCUCGAUGGUAAACCUUACUGUGAAGAAGACUAUUUGAAUACCCUUGAGAAAUGUUGUGUAUGUCAAAAACCAAUUCUAGAUAGAAUUUUGAGAGCCACUGGUAAACCUUAUCAUCCAAAAUGUUUCUGUUGUGUGGUCUGUGGUAAGAGCCUUGAUGGAAUACCUUUCACUGUAGACGCUACCAACAGAGUCCACUGUAUAGAAGAUUUCCACAAAAUAUUUGCACCAAGAUGUUGGGUUUGCAAACAGCCCAUUAUGCCCGAACCCGGAGAAGAAGAAACAGUUAGGGUAGUAGCACUGGAUCACAGUUUCCAUAUUCAAUGCUACAAAUGUGAAGAUUGCGGACUUGUUCUCUCCUCAGAAGCAGAAGGAAGAGGUUGUUACCCACUAGACGGUCAUGUACUUUGUAAAAGCUGUAACGCUAAACGUGUACAAGCAUUGACAAGUCACAUGACCACCGAAUUGUAAAAUCUAUAUACAAUAAUUAUAAAGCUCAAAGUUAAUGAAGGUGAUUAUUGGCAACUUGACGUUUUAGAAAGUAGAUUUAUAAGGUGACACCAUUUAUUUACCUUUUAAAACUGCCCUCGAAACAAUGAAGAACAAAGUUAUUAAAUAUGGAUGUGAGUUUUUUUACUGUUUUAGCACGUAUUGUAUAGAUUCUCAUAUUGACAACUGUUACGAAUGUUCAGAAUGUCUACAAUGGUUUAAACAUAUAACUAUGGAGUUAUGUCUUAAAGAUUAUGUAUUCGGGUUUAAUCAAUCUGAGUCAACGGCGUAACCAGGAUUAUCCUAAGGGGGGUUUACAACUACUGGAGGGUUUCUGGGGGCAUGGAAUACCGCCAAUUUAAGCUCAAUGUACAUCCCAAUGGGGGGUUAUAACCCCCAAACUCCCUGGUUACGCCACUGUAAUGGUUACACCCGAACUACAAGUAUUUUUUCGUCUACUCCCUUAUAUUUACCUUUUAUUUUAAAUUGUUGAUGGUUCAACUUAAUAAAAUGCAAUCAUUUUGUAAUUAUAAGAAAGUAAUAUCUAGAGUGGUACGGCAUAAGAGAUUGUGAUUUUUGGACAAGUUGUUUUUGUAUGAUAUAUUUUAUAAAAUGUUUUGACAUUCCAUCUUAUUCGAUUAAUUUUAGAUUGCCAUUUUAUUAAAUUUUGAUAUAUAGUAUUUUCUUUUUUAUAAGACUUUAUAGAUCUAUAAUGCUUACGCUUUUUAUAUACAUAUAUUUUUACUCUGAAAGACGAAACAUUUUCGACUGCUGUUUUACAGUUCCCAUUUUGACUUACUUUUUCUUUUCAUAGAAAGUACCGAAAAUGUUAACAAAACAGUUUACGUUUCAAGUAAAAAAAAAAUAAGAAUUUAAGAACUCUACAUAAUAAUUAUUUUAUUACAUUUUCUGCUAUUCUGAGAACUUGCAAUGCUCUUCUAAUUGAUAAAAAAAGUUAGGUAAUGUUUACGAUUCAGCAUUGUCUCGAUACACUCUGGAGCAGCGAUAGUAACACCUGAGGUUGUCUGCUGAAUUCGCUAAAGGAACUUGCAAACUUGAGCUAAUUUUUUACUUAAAGAAGUCUUCAGACAGCAUAUUUCUUAUUGACAUUCAACUUAGGGUAAAGUCCAAAUAGGGUGAAGUUUCGUCACGCAGAAAUUGGUGACAUAUUGACGUAAGUAGCCCUGCGUUAAAACUGCAUAGGUGGCCACACGUUGAUAGGUACUUCAACCGAAUGCCGGCCCAAGGGAGGACUCUAGAAAGAUAAGAGAUUUUUUCUAUAUAUUAUGUUUUAACGAGAGUGGCAAGGAAUUUCAACUUAAAUUCACGUCAGCCGACAUUGCGACAGUAAACUAUGAGUUGAACUCAAAUCGGGGGAUGGCUCCUAUAUAUUACUGAUCGCCAGACUAGUUAAUAUUCAGGAACAAUCCAAAGUGUGUCUAAGAAAAGAAGUGCAGCCGCGGUUAUAUAACGCUAAUGAUUUCAUGCACUUUUGAGGUAUGUAAUUGCACCUAGACAUUUUUAAUUAUAGGGGACAAUUUUAAAAUAUUGCGUACUCUAUUCCUAGAGUUUACGCCUACGUUUACACGUUUAUUUACUAGCAAGAGGCUUUUUGGAAGAGUGAAUUUUCAACUAUUUUUUAAAAUUGGUGUGUUUUACUAUAUAUAUCCACGCUUCUAUCGCAUAAUUUUUUAUAAACAAUAAACAAAGUUUUGGAAUAUCCAUUUGAGACCUGAAAAAACAAUUAUAUAGAGUUCUUAAUCUUGUGAUGACCUAAGAACUUGUAAUUCCUAAACUAGCUUUUUGAUACCCGCUUUAUUGCAAAUAUAUUUUAUGUCUUGUUUUUAGUUUAGGGAAAUAUCUGGUCAGAUUAUAUUAUGUGAUUUUUAAGUUAGUUAUUUUUUAUUAUUGUGCCAAUGUAAGCUAAGAUAUUCAAUAAAGGUUAUGAAUAUUA